AUGACACAAAUGUGCUUUUUCUUCCUGCUGAUGAGUAAUGCCGCUUCGGUCUCCACACAGUUUAAUGGAUACAACUGUGAUGCCAGCUACCACAGCAGGUUUCCUGGUGAGCGGGACAUCAGUGUGUACUGCGGGGUUCAGACCAUCACCUUGAAAAUCAACUUCUGCCCUGUGCUCUUCUCCGGCUACACCGAUGCAGAUUUGGCCCUAAACGGUCGCUACAGUGACGCCCAAUGCCGUGGAUUUAUCAACAACAACACCUUCCCCACGGCGGUCCUGUUCAGCAUCAGUCUCAGCACUCUGGAGGCCUGCGGUAACAGUCUGGUGGUCAGCACAGCCUAUGGGGCCAAUGCUUAUGGGAACAUGUCUCUGGUACAAAUUGGGAAUGUCUCAGGCUAUAUCGACACCCCUGACCCGCCAGCUAUAAUCAGCUACCUGCCCGGUUUGUUGUAUAAGUUCAGCUGCAGCUACCCACUGGAGUACCUGGUCAAUAACUCACAGCUGGCAUCCUCCUCUGCUGCUGUAGCUGUCAAGGACAGCAAUGGUUCAUUUGUCAGCACGUUGAGUAUGAUUCUGUACAACGAUUCGACAUACAAUCAACCUCUCUCUAUUCCAAUGGCUGGACUGGCUCUGAAAACCAGAGUAUUUGCUGCUGUGAAAGCAACAAACUUGGACAAACGGUGGAACAUUUUGAUGGACUACUGUUACACAACCCCCUCAGGGAAUCCUAAUGAUGAACUCCGCUAUGACCUUUUCUUUGGCUGCGACAAAGACCCCCAGACGACAGUUUUCGAAAACGGGAAGAGUCAGUCAGGCCGUUUCUCCUUUGAGGUUUUCCGUUUUGUGAAACACAGACACCAGAAGAUGUCAACCGUGUUCCUGCACUGCGUCACCAAGCUUUGCCGGGCAGACGACUGCAUUAUGCUCAUGCCGAUUUGUGGCCGAAGGCGCAGGCGGGAUGGGGAGGAAAGCCUUGAUUCCACACCAGCAGCAUCUGGGACCGCUGUCAUCACAGCUGGACCAAUCAUCACCAGGAGUGAUGAAACUCCUGUCAACAACUCACAACUUGCAUCUGGAGACCCCUCUCAUCCAAUGAACCCAGUGACCAGUGCUCUGAUUUCAGGCGUGGUCAUGCUGGGUGGGGUCAGUGUGGGCUUCCUCCUGCUGUCACUCCGCCUCCUGAAGAAGUCCCGCCUCCCAACAGCCUCAGGUGAGCGGGACAUCAGUGUGUACUGCGGGGUUCAGACCAUCACCUUGAAAAUCAACUUCUGCCCUGUGCUCUUCUCCGGCUACACCGAUGCAGAUUUGGCCCUAAACGGUCGCUACAGUGACGCCCAAUGCCGUGGAUUUAUCAACAACAACACCUUCCCCACGGCGGUCCUGUUCAGCAUCAGUCUCAGCACUCUGGAGGCCUGCGGUAACAGUCUGGUGGUCAGCACAGCCUAUGGGGCCAUUGCUUAUGGGAACAUGUCUCUGGUACAAAUUGGGAAUGUCUCAGGCUAUAUCGACACCCCUGACCCGCCAGCUAUAAUCAGCUACCUGCCCGGUUUGUUGUAUAAGUUCAGCUGCAGCUACCCACUGGAGUACCUGGUCAAUAACUCACAGCUGGCAUCGUAA